GUGUACCUACUAUUGUUAGAAAAAGAACAAUGCCAGUUAAAUUGAGAAAUAGUAAAUCAAUUGUUUCGGCUAUUGACUCGCAACCAUUGGCAACAUCAUCACCAGUUGAUAAUACAACACCAAGAAAUAUUGAAAAACAAGUUGUUGUUGCUGGUGGUGCUGGUGGUGCUGUUGAUGAACCAAAAAUUGAAACAACAAAAACAAAAAAAAGAAAAAUAACUGACACACAAGAUAGCAAUCAAACAGAAAAUAAAAAACCACAUCUGUCAGUACCAAAUGCUGAAGAUUUGUUGAAAAAGUUAAAGAUUGGAAAAUUAAUGGAUCAUGUACAUGGUCCAGAUAAUUAAUUUUUCUUUUUUUAAUACAACUGUUACGUUUUGAAAAAAAAUUAAUUAGAUAUUAACAAUGCUGUGCAUUUAUUUAACUUGUAAUCAAUGUAUAGUUAGUUUUUAAGUUAUUUUAUUCAAAGAGACUGAAAUAUUGUGACAACUUUAUCAA